UUGUCUCUCUGCAUUGAAAAUUGCUCGAUGUUGAUGUGCAUCGAAAUAUAUCGUCAUACGGAAGAAACACCACCCAAAGGGACGCGCCAAAGACAAGAAUCACCACAUAAAACUUCCUUCCUCAGUGACGGAAGUCCGAACGAAAAGAGGAAAUCGUAAACAAAUGGAACCCGAAGCGAAUGGACUCUAUCGAUUCAGCGAUAUAAACAGCAAAGGCGCCCAGGAAUGCUCUGGAACUGUCGUCGAGUGCCGAGGAGAUCUAUUUAGGAACUGAAGAAAGUAGAAGAAUAAAGAAGGAAGUCUAUUCACCCGCACACAGUAUUUAUCGGGGGAGAGACGAGUGCGCAAUAGGGUGCCAUAGAGACGGCACGGGUCCCUUUCCCACUUGACGAAGAGAGGUCAGGUUAUUCGUGGGGACUUUGUAAGGCGAAUUUGAAGUUGGCAGAAUCACAUGUGUCAACAAACUUCCCAUUUCCUGUGCUAAAUAAGAACACCACUUGUACCCAUUGAUGCUGGGACACUUUCUUCACAACAAUCUUAAACAAUGACGCUAUCCGCCCUCGAGUCCAAGGAAACUCGCGAUUUUUCUGGAGGAUAGAAGAGUGCGGAGGAUAAUUUUGAAAUAAAUAGUUAAACAUCAGUGAUGAGACCUUUAGAGAAAGCUCUGAAAUUCUUGUUGCUUUGUUCGCUAGAAGACGAAAAUGAAGAUGAGGUAAAGAAAAGAUUAAUGUAAAUUGUACUGAAAGUUUGAUUUUGUACGUUUGUAAGUUGCAGCUUGAAUUAAAAACCUGUUUGAGAAUAGAAUACUAUUCUUGUUUGCUAUUAAUAAGAGAAGUCUUUGGUGCAUGCUUUUAAAGUAAGUGGCUUAUUACAGGUUAGAAUUUUAUAAUAUUUGUCUGUUACAAUAUAGAUCAUCAGUCAAAUGAAUGAAUUAUUUUAUAAUGAUUAGUACAUUUGUAGUAGAGUAUUGGAUCUAAUUGUUUUAGGUCCGAUAUGGCAGCAUUGUUUGGUAGCCAGAAUAAAAUAAAAUCAUACUCUUGUAAUGUAUGCGGUAAGGAUUUUUCACAAAAGUCCAGCCUAACUCGGCAUUCUAUUACUCAUAAAAGUGAAAAACCACACUCAUGUGAUAUUUGUGGCAAGGGAUUUACGCAAAAGUCACAUUUAACAAAACAUUCUUUUUUUCAUAAAGAUGUAAAACCUUACUCCUGCAGAACUUGUGGGAAAGAGUUUACUCAGCACACACACUUACGGCAGCAUACUUUAAUCCACACAGGAGAAAAACCUUUUUCGUGCAAUAUUUGUGGUAAAGACUUCAUUCAAAAAUCGGACCUUUCCCGCCAUUCCUUAAUUCAUAAAGGGAUCAAGCCCCAUUCUUGUAACAUAUGUGGUAAGGAAUUUACUCUGAAAUCAGCCCUGACACAACAUUCCUUCAUUCAUACAGGGGAAAAGCCUCAUUCAUGUACAAUAUGUGGUAAGGAAUUUACACAACACACUCACUUAAGACAACAUUCCUUAAUUCAUACUGGAGAAAAACCUCACACUUGUGUUACAUGCGGAAAGAAAUUUACUUUAAAGCAGAGUCUUGCACGACAUUCCCUAGUCCACAAAGAUGUAAAACCUUACUCAUGCAGCAUUUGUGGUAACAGCUUUACUAGAAAAUUAAGUCUUACGCAACAUGCCUUAAUACACGAAGGUAAAAAGCCUCACACUUGUGGUGUUUGUGGUAAGGCAUUUACCUUAAAGUCACAUUUAAGAAAGCAUUCUUCAGUUCAUGAAGAAGUAAAGCCCUUUUCGUGCAGUAUAUGUGGCAAGGAAUUUACUCUCAAAUCUACACUUGCACAACAUUCCUUGAUACACAAAGACAUUAGACCUCACUCUUGUAGCACAUGUGGGAAGGGCUUUACGUUGAAGUCAGAUUUAUUAAGACAUUCUUUAAUCCAUGAAGGUGUUAGACCACAUUCAUGUAGCACAUGUGGUAAAGAGUUUACUAGAAAAUCAACAUUAUCACGACACUCCUUAAUCCACACUGGUGAAAAACCGUAUUCUUGUGGUGUGUGUGGGAAGGAGUUUAUAGAAAAAUCAGGUUUGUUUAAACAUUCUUUGAUUCAUAAAGAGGUGAAGACCCAUAUACGUGAAGUUUAUGAGAAGGUCCUCCCCUCUGACGAAAGUUUGAUGAAAAGGAUUCCGAGCCCUAAUAAGGAAAUUGAAGCCUCAGCUGUAGAUGAGUCAUCCUCAGAUUAUUUUAGUUUGACUAAGGAUGAUGGUUCUAUCUGGGGAAAGAGAGACUAUGUUAUAGGCCAGUUUGUUGUAGUGAAAGAGGAUCAUGAGGUCAAUGAGCUUAUCAUGGUAAAGAAUGAGCUGGAUAGUGACCAUUUUGAUAUAGAGUGGAAAGAACAUGAGCUGGAUGACUUUGAUGUUUUAAAGGAAGUCUGUAGUAUGGAUAUUUCUAGGGAGACAAAGAAGGAAUUUAAAAUUAUCAGUUUUGAAUAUGUAGAGGAAGAACUUAAAGGUCAUUUUGAUGUGGUUGAUAAAGAAUACACUCUUUGACCAUACUUUCUUGAAAAUGCUUUUCUACUACCUUAAUCUUAUAUGUCAUUUUGUACUUAUGAAAGUUUGGUUACAGAAAGCUGUCUUUUGUUUUGUUUAUCUAUGAAAUGUGAUGUUGAAAUUUGGGUUAGGAAUACAAUUUUUUUUAACUUUCCCUAACUUACCUAUAUGGCUGAUACUAACUCUUUACUGGCAAAGCACCAAGAAAAAGUAAAUGAAUUUGGUGCCUUAUAUGAUAAUUUGUAGAAAUGUUUGCAGAUUUUAAUUUAAUACUUAGUGAUUCAAGAACACAAUGAAUAAGAUGACAUCAAAGGAUGGUGUGGCACGCUUGAAACUUAUUUUGAUGCUAAUGAAUUUGUUCUAUAUCAACAGGGUUUCUGCUGAGCAUUAUGUAAUGUGGAACCUUCAGUGAAAGUUUGAUGAAAAAGCUUUUGAGUUUCAUAGUUUUAAUAAGGGUGUACAGUAUCCAUGUGAUUUAGUUUAUAUUUAGUCAUAGCUAUUCAACCAAAAAUAAUAUUAUAUUUUUAUUAUUAUUAUUAUUGUUACUAUUAUUAUUAUUAUUAUUAUUAUUAUUAUUAUUAUUAUUAUUAUUAUUAUUAUUAUUAUUAUUAUUAUUGUUAUUAUUAUUGUGAACAAAAAUAAUGGUUACCAAUGUUAUUGAAUAUUGUAUGCAUGAGAGCAUUGGGCAAUAAUUUAUCUCCAUGUUUCCUUCUGGAUUUUAAAGUAAAGUUAAUGAAGUUAAGACAGGAAGAAGGAAGGGAAGAGAUUAAACGGAGUGAAUUAAACUACAGCUGUGCCACUGGGGACCAAAAGGACACAGCCAGCAAAGAAUCCUUAAUAUUGUCAAUAGUGUGCUACUCAAAGCACUGUAGGCUGUUUCCCCUAUGGGGAUUAACUGUAAAGUAUUCACUAAUACCGAGUUAAGCAUUUUACUUUUUUGCAAAGAUAACUUUGUUCCAGGGGAAAUGUAUUACGUGUUUUCUUAUUAUUUAUAACAAAUAAUUUAGGGUUUAAAGUGUAUCAGUCCAAUUUUUCUUGUGAUUAGACAGUCAGAAAUACUACUUUGACCAUUGUGAUGGUGCAGAAUAAAUUCUUCAGUUGCAUAAGAGGUGUACUGUAAAAUACAAGAAUGAAUGGAAUUUACAAUUCAUUAUGAAGUUAGUAGUGGAAUCCCAUAGUUGAUUGUUUUAGUUCUAAAUGAAAGCUCAUAAAAGCUAAUGUAUGAUAAUUAGAAUAUUUUAUGCAGGCUGGUCUUCAAGAUAAGUUUCAUAUGUUUGGCCUCAAAAUUAUUCUUGUGUCAGUUAUGUCAACUAAAAUAAGACUUGAAAGAAAUUUUUAUUGUAGCAAGUAUAACUUAAUUACUGAGUACUAACAUCAUGUCUCAGUGAGUUAAAAAGCUUUCUUUAAACCAGGCAGAAAACUUUACUUCAUAUUCAGAGUCUGUAACAAUUUCUCUGAUUAUUGAUGAAGUUACAUAAUGUUUAGUGUAAAAUGAGAUAUGUGAAGGUGGGACUUGAUGUGUUUCCAAACCAUUGUUGUCUUUAUCAAACCUAUAAACAUUUUCACUGUUUUUGACACCAGAACUCAAUUGGAUAUACAUAUCAGGAUACCAUGAUAUUUUAUUGCUAAAAUGUUUAGUUCUGUUUUCUUACUCAGGAUUAAUAAGUGUCAGGUAUUUUAAUAUUAAUGAUUCAAAAUUUUACUACAAAUACUUAAGGAUUAAUGCAGUUGAGUACCUGGGGAUGAGGUAGUGAUAUAAGCUUAUUUGGUGAGGCUAGUGAAACCCAUUGCUUAUGGUGUUAAAUGGGUGCAUAUCUUGAAAAUGAAAAUGGACUGUGGAUAUUCUUUUAGUGACUGAUUUGUAUAUUUGGAGGUAAAUCCUGAAAUACCUCAGAUCACUGCAAUUCAAAUCAAAAGAAGUUGUGAUGAUGACACUUUUAUGGGAUGAGCUGUUUCCUUUGUACAACAAAUGUUCUUUCUUAAUAUUUUUUUUACUACAGUAGGACUUGUAUUUCUAUUUGCAUGUACACAGUCUUAUUAUUUUUUAGAUGCCACCAAGGUAUAAUGAAUGAUAUAGAGAAUUCAUUUUACUUGUGCAGCAGCAAGUGGUAGUUAUGUGAACCUCUUGACUAGUGUCUGCACAAUAGUAAGCAACAGACAAAUGUCAAAUUUGCAUUGUGUAGUUUUCAAUAUGCACUCAUUGUCUAUAUUUUUAUUAAAUGCACUAUUUAAAGUAAGUGUUGCACAGGGGAAUUUGUACUAAGCUCAUAUGCAGUACUGUGUGCUUUUUGUUUAUAUUUCUUGGAACAGGUAAACAAAGUAGGGAAUAUAAUGUUAAUGGGAAACUUUAAUGGUGUAAGUUGUAAUCAACAAGUCUCUUUCGUAUGUUUAUCUGACACUCGUUGUUUAAUAUAUCACCAGAGAUUACAUAUGUCUGUAAAUUCAGGAUUAAUCUUGACAUGUGAAGAUAUUUUCCUGUAAGGAUCUAAGCUGGUAAUAGAAAGAUUUCAUUUACAUACCAAUAACUAUUAUAUUUCUUGCUUUAAGUAACUGGACCAUAGGAAGUUGAUUCCAUUUAAAGUCUUUCAUGACUGUAUCUGUGUCAGUUCAAUUUUGUAUACAGAAGAAUUACUGCUUCUCUACACUGCUGCUCUUGUUCUCUGUAUUUUUCAUUUUGUAUUGCCACAUUUUCUGUUAGAGAAAUUUGUGAUCUUAUAGAUUAGAAUUUCUUAGAUGUGUGUUAGUUAAAACUGGAAAGCUACAACUACCUUUGACAAUUGGUUGACAAAUUUUGGCAGUCUUUCAUAAAUACAUACUGUAUUGUAUUUGUUUUUACUUUGGCAUUGCCCCUUUUAUUUGCAAACUUUCCACAGUUUAGGAAUGCGUUAUGUUCCCAUUGACCAGAUGUACAAUAGACCCACAAAAUGUUGACAUCCGUCUUGUAAAUGUUGGACAAAAUAAGAAAAUUUGCAAAAUUACUAUUACUUUGAUAUAUCAUAUUAUACUCAAUCAACCAUU